UUCACCAGAACUAACCCGGUAGUACUACUACGACUUUUGUGUUGUGUAUAUCCGUCACGAUGGCUACCUCCAAGACUGGUAAAGCAAAGGGAAAGAAAGUGGUCAGUCAAGAGGAAUUACGACGGUUAAUGAGAGCGAAACAAGGAGAAACAACUGACCAGAAGAAACGCAUCGAGUCCCCAUUUGCAAAAUAUAACAGUCUUGGACACCUAAGUUGUGUGCUGUGCAGUGUACCAGUGAAAUCUGAAAUAUUAUGGCAGGCUCAUGUCCUCGGAAAGCAGCACAAACAGAAAACCUCUGAACUGAAAGGAGGUAAACAAACCCAACCACUCCAACAGACUUCCACGGGACCACUGCUGAAAAGGAAGACGUCUGAUUCUGAAAAAGCACAACUAAAAAAAUUAAAAGCAGACACAGACGUGGAUUCUCGCUCUCUGGGGGUUCCUGCUGAUGUGCCAAAGACGGCUAGCUCCUCUCGAUCUGGGCUCGUUCUGCUUGGACACUAUGAUGAUGAUGAAAACAAUGAAGAUGAUGAUAUGGACCCAGAUGGAGAUGAGACAAGCAAAAUUAACAAGGCGGCUAGGAGCUCUGCAGUCGAAAAGCGUACAGAGUUGCCCUCUUCAACAGUCUCUGAACUGCCAGCAGAUUUCUUUGACAGCGGCUUCCCCUCUGGACGUGCCGUUUCUCACUCUGGGUCUGUUCUGAAGGCAGAUGAGACAGAGAAGCCUGUGGCGAGGAAAGAAAACACGGCAGAAGCUUUACCGGAGGGUUUUUUUGAUGAUCCAGUCACAGACGCAAAGGUGCGAAAGGUUGAUGCACCAAAGGACCAGAUGGAUAAGGAAUGGGAUGAGUUUCAGAAGGAGCUUCGUCAGGUUAACAGUGCGUCUGAAGCCAUUGUUGCUGAGGAUGAUGAAGAAGGGCGUCUAGAGCGACAGAUUGAUGAAAUUGAUGAACAGAUCGAAUGUUACCGGAGGGUGGAAGUUCUGCGAGAGAAGCGGGAUGUGGUGAAGGACCUGAGGAAGAGGACAGAGGAUUCCGAGCAGCGGGAGGGGGAGAGUAGUGAGGAUGAUGAAGACGAGUUGCUGCAGCUGCUUUCCAGGGACUGGAGGGCGAAAGGAGUGCUGUCCUAAAAGCGCUAUGUGAAAACCAAACCUAAUUCCAGUCCAGACUUAACCUGCGGAAAUAAUGUGUUUUAAGCCUGAAAUAAAACAAACACUUUACAGAUUUUUAGUGUGACUAUAACCAGGA